AUGCUCCAGCGGUCGUGGUGGAAGGCGUCGCCGUCGUCGGCGUGGGCCAGGGAGGGCGCGAAGGAGGCCGAGGGCUCGCCGAGCGUCUGGGCCCUGGACCGGCGCAAGGACCCGCUCUGCGGCCGGGCUUUGAGCCACUGGGCGGAGUACGGCCAGGAGGGCGGCGUGCAGACCUGCGGCAACUCGGCGGCCCUGCUCGAGGAGCACUUCCGCGUCAACGGCGGCGCGGUGCGCACGCGGUUCCCGCCCGAGCCCAACGGCUACCUCCACAUCGGCCACGCCAAGUCGAUGAACAUGAACUUCAGCCUCGCCUUCGACCGCCUCGCGGCGAGCGGCGCGGCCGUGCCCACACGCGAGACCAUCUUCCGCUACGACGACACGAACCCCGAGGCCGAGUCGAAGGAGUUCGUCGACUCGCUCGCGCGCGACGUCGCGUGGAUGGGCUGGAAACCCGCGCGCGUCACGCACACGUCCGAGUACUUCGGCGUCUUCUACGAGAUGGCCCUGGAGCUCAUCAAGGGCGGCAAGGCCUACGUCUGCCACCAGUCGUCGUCGGAGAUCGAGGCGUGCCGCAAGGCGCGCCUCGACGCGCCCGACGCCCACGAGUCGCCCUACCGGUCCCGGAGCGCCGCGGAGAACCUGGCGCUCUUCGAGCGCAUGCGGAGCGGCGUCGCCGCCGAGGGCGAGUGCACGCUGCGGCUCAAGAUGCAGACGGCGGAGAACGCGUCCAACUACAACAUGUUCGACCAGGUCGCCUACCGCAUCAAGCACCACCCCCACCCCUGCGCGGGCGACGCCUGGUGCAUCUACCCGACCUACGACUACACGCACUGCGUCGUCGACGCGCUCGAGCACGUCGACUACUCGAUCUGCACGCUCGAGUUCGAGACGCGGCGCGAGUCCUACUACUGGGUCCUCGACGCGUUGGAUCUGUACCGGCCCAAGGUCUUCGAGAUGUCGCGGCUCAACAUCUCCUACACCGUGCUCUCGAAGCGCAAGCUCACGAAGCUCGUGACGUCGGGGAAGGUCGCGGGCUGGGACGACCCGCGCAUGCCGACGAUCUCGGGCCUGCGGCGCCGGGGCUACAGCGCGAGCGCCAUCAACGCCUUCUGCCGCGACGUCGGCGUGACGCGCAACGAGAACUUCAUCGAGUACGGCCGGCUCCAGCAUUUCGCGCGCCUCGACCUCGAGGACCGCGCGCCGCGGCGCAUGGCCGUCGCGGACCCGCUGGAGCUCCUCCUCGAGGGCGACGACGCCGCCUUCGCCAAGACCUACGACGCGCCGAACCACCCGUCCAAGCCCGAGUUCGGCGUUCGGCCGCUCACGCUCGCGCGAAGAGUCUUUCUCGACCGCUCGGACUUUCGGGAGGUCGACGCGCCCGACUUCUUCGGGCUGGCGCCGGGCAAGUGGGUCCGCCUGCGCUACUGCGUCACCAUCAAAUGCGUGGCCGUCGAGAAGGACGGCGACGACGUCGCGCGCGUCAAAUGCGUCGUCGGCGACGCGCCCGCGGACCCCAAGGGCAAGCUCCACUGGGUCUCCGAGGCCGACGCGGCGCCCUGCGAGCUGCGCGACUACGACCACCUCUUUUCCGUGGGCAAGGUCGACGACGACACCUGGGAGGCCCAGCUCGCGCCGGACUCGCUCGUCGUCCACAAACGCGCGCUCGUCGACGCGUCCGUCGGCGCGCGGCCGGCCGACGGCGCGCCCUUCCAGUUCGAGCGCCUCGGCUUCUACGCCGUCGACGACGACGCCAAGGCCGGCGCCCUCGUCUUCAACCGCACGGUGUCGCUCAAGAGCGGCAACGCGGCCGUCAAGGUCGCGGGCGCGAGCCGCAAGGACGAGCAGGCCGCGCAGCUCGCGAAGAAGGAGGCGAUGAAGUCCGUGGACCCCAAGGACAUGUUCAAGACCGACGACAUGAAGCUGCUCUACUCCGCCUGGGACGGCGACGGCGUCCCGACGCACGGCGCGGACGGCGAGCCCCUCUCGAAGAGCGCGUCCAAGAAGCUCAAGAAGGACCAGGCGAAGCAGGCGAAGCUCUUCGCCAAGAAGUAACGCCCCUUAGGAGAAGUCGCGGUCAGGGAAGAGCGUCGGCGCGACGCAGGUCCAGACGUAGAGUAAUCCGGCAGUCCAUUGUGCAGCCGCUUGCAUCCACAUGGCGACCUGGCCCGACGACGGCGACGCCGCGGAGCCCGACUUCGUGAUGGAGCCCCAAUUCGUGAGCACCAUGGCGAUGUUGCAGGCCAUGAGCGCCAUGACGAGGUUGAAGGACGCGACCUCCGCGGGCGUCUUCGGUGGCCCGUCCGGCUCGUCCGGCGGCGCCGCGGGCCGCUCCUCGUCGCCGGCGGCGUCGUUGGACCCGUAGGACUUGUCCGCGGGCGCCGCCGACCCCUCGAGCUGGCCCGUGAGGAUCUUGUUCAUCAUGGCGCCGCCGGGCCCGUUGUCCGACGCCUUGCCCGCGUCGCCGCGGCCGCCGCCGAGGUACUGCACGUUGUUCGACGCCGAGUAGAUCGUGUAGACGAGCGCCGCGAUCGUGAACGCGAGGCCGACCACAAUCGACAGCCAGUCCGACGUGUUCGAGUAGAAGGGGUUGCAGGACGGCACGGGGUUCGCCGUCAGCGCCGACGCGGCGAGGUAGACGAGGUACGCGGACACCGUCGCGCUCGUGAGCAGGUUCGAGUCCUUGGAGAUGAAGAGCUGGCACGCCGUCGCGACGACGCAGAGCGCGACGGUCAACCCCAAAAUCGUGUCCGGCGACGUGCAGUCCGUGCCAAAGUAGGCGAAGAGGAGGCCGACGCCCACGACGGCCACGAGGAACAGCGCGGCGGCCGCCGCGAUCAGCGCGACGAGCGGCGACGGCAUGCCGCACCACUCGCUCACCUCGCCCGAGUCCGCGAGCGUCACGAGCGAGUCGUUCAUGUAGUAGGCCAGGUCGAUCAACAGCACCUGCUGGAGCACGACGAAGACGAAGCCGCCGACGCGCGCGACCCAGAGGUAGCCGUGGUCGUCGAAGACCUCGUUCGGGACGAAGACGGACACGACGAGCAGCACGACCCAGCCCAGGAACUUGGACCCCCAGUAGCUAUCGUGGAAGGCCGGGGACGCGUAGGUGCCCGCGGCCAUGGCCGCGAAGAAGAGGCACGUGCAGAGCGACACGCGGUAGACCGCCGCCGCGCCCUUGCAGCCCGCGUCGUCGUCGUCGCAGGUCCAGGCGUAAAAGUCCAUGUACUUGGCCACGUAGUACUGCAUGAGCAGGCUCAACGCCAUGGCCAGCACCAUGACCCACAUGGACCCCGUGCGCCCCGCGUCGGGGUUCGCCGCCUUCUUGCCAUCGUCGCCGGACGACGGGCAGCAGGCGCAGAGCCCGCGCCCGAGGCAGCAGGCGCCCUCGCAGGCGCAGCAGGCGAGCGACAGGCAGCAGCCCAUCGGGGUCGAGCGUCCGUUUCACGGGGUGGCUCCUGCGCGCGAGCAACAGGCGAGGAGCGGUGCUCCCAGGUCGCCGCGCAAUGUGCCGCAAAAUGCGGCUUCUCGGACCUCGCCGAUCUUUGUGCUAAAGAUGCUGCCGCGCCGGGCAGCCCUCGCUUUGACGGCUAGCUACCGCCCGGCAUUCGAAUUGCUGCGUGCGGGCAGCGUGCGGGCGGCGACGCGGGCGGCCGCGCUUCGGUGUCG